AUGGCUGAGGAUAACAAUAAUAAUGGCAAUAAUGCCAUUAAUCUAGUUCCCGAAGUAAAUAGAGCACUACGAGAUUAUGUUGUUCCUCUUUUAUUGAGACUGUUUCCGUUUUCUCUAAGGGAUAAAACAAAAAGUUGGCUUAAUUCACUGUCCAAUGGAUCUAUCACUACAUGGGAGGACUUGGCUCAAAAGUUUCUCACAAAGUUCUUCUUGCCUGUAAAGAGUGUAAAGAUGAGGAACGAUAUCACCUCAUUCACACAAUUUGAUGUUCGGACAAUAAAAACCACAAUCGAUGUUGCUGCUGGUGGGGCAUUAAUGAGUAAGAAUGCUACAGAUGCUUAUAAUAUGUUGGAGAAGAUGGCUUCAAAUAAUUAUCAAUGGCCUUCAGAAAGGUUGGGUUCAAGAAAAGCUGCUAGAGCCUAUGAAAUUGAUGCAAUUGGCAACUUAGCUGUGCAAGUGGCUACACUGUCUAAGAAAUUUGACACAUUGGGAGUUCAUGCAGUUAAAAAUUCAUUUGUAGUUUGUGAGAUGUGUGGAGAUAGUCAUUCAAGUGAUCAAUGUUCAUACAAUUCUACAUCAUUACAAUUUGUGGGGAACUUCAACAGAAACCACCCUAACUUUUCAUGGAACAACAAUGCAGGGCCUUUCAAUCUAAACCCCAUCAUGCCUCCUAGUUUUCAACAACAAGCUAGACCACCAAUUCUUGAAAAAAAGUCCCAAGUGGAAGAACUUCUCUUGCAAUAUAUGUCAAAGACUGAUGCUUUAAUUCAAAGCUAUGGAGCCUCCUUGAGAAACCUUGAGACCAAAGUGGGACAGCUUGUAAACUCUUUCAAUAAUAGACCCCAAGGUGCCUUACUAAGUGAUACACAAGUCAAUCCCAAAGGUAAGGAACAUUGUAAUGCAAUUACCCUUAGGAUUGGCAAAGAAGUUGAAGGGGUGAGUAGAAAAUCAAUUGAAUCUUCAAAGCAGCAUGUACAUGAUGACAAGGCAAUUGUUGAGAAAGAAAUUAAAGUGGAAAAGACAGAUAAUGGGCAAGCUAAGAAUCAAGGGGAUUCUCAAGCAAUUUAUCCUCCACCACCAUUCCCACAAAGGUUGAAAAGGCAAAAGCUUGAUAAACAGUUUGAAAAUUUUCUCAAUGUUUUCAAGAAGCUCCAUAUAAACAUCCUUUUUGCUGAACCUUUGGAAAACAUGCCAAGUUAUGUUAAAUUCUUGAAAGACAUCUUAACUAAGAAGAGGAAACUGGAAGAUUUUGAAACAGUGGCACUUAUUGAGGAAUUUAAAUUUGCUAAAGCUUUAUGUGAUUUGGGUGCAAGUGUUUCAAUCAUGCCUUUGUCAAUUGCUAAAAAAAUUAGACUUAAAGAGAUACAACCUACCACAGUUUCUUUGCAAUUAGCAAAUAGAACAAUCAGGUAUCCUGUUGGGAUUAUUGAGGAUGUAUUGGUUAAAGUUGGGCAUCUCUACAUUCCGAUGGACUUCAUUAUGCUUAAGAUGAAAGAGGAACUGGAAAUUCCUUUAAUCUUAGGGUGA